AUGAAGGCUCGGACUGGUCCUCCUGACGGGGUUCGGGGACCCCCGGCACCCCAAGGUGUCUCCAAGCAGGACAUCCGGGAACACAUCUGGGACUACUUGGAGUCUCGGAACUUAGCCGACUUUCCCCGCCCUGUGCACCACAGGAUUCCUAACUUCAAGGGCUCCUACCUGGCUUGCCACAACAUCCAAGACCUGGAUGCUUUUGCCAACGCGCGGGAAGUGAAAGUGGACCCCGACAAACCCCUGGAAGGUGUUCGGCUGCUGGCACUGCAGAGCAAGAAAACCCUGUUGGUUCCGACGCCACGGCUGAGGACUGGGCUCUUCAAUAAGAUCACGCCACCCCCCGGAGCCACCAAGGACAUCCUGAGGCGAUGUGCCACCUCAGAGGGCGUGAGGAGCCACAGCCUGCCCGUAGGCCUGGAGUCCAGAGUCCAGGUGGACGUAGUGGUGGUGGGAUCCGUGGCCGUUUCUGAGAAAGGCUGGCGGAUCGGGAAGGGAGAAGGUUACGCAGAUCUUGAAUAUGCCAUGAUGGUGUCGAUGGGAGCCGUCCACAGGGGGACACCAGUGGUCACCAUCGUCCAUGACUGCCAGGUCAAGGACAUCCCCGACACCCUUGUUGAGGAUCACGACAUCACGGUCGACUACAUUCUCACUCCCACCAGGGUCAUCGUCACGGGCUGUGAACGCCCACAGCCAUCAGGAAUCAUGUGGUCCAAGAUCAGCCACGAGAUGAUGGAGAAGAUCCCAAUACUGAGAAGCCUCCGGCGCCGAGAGGAGCAGGCUGGGAAGGACGUCGCCCUUCAGGAGGGACCCCGGCACAUUCCCCUGUUGGGCAGCCAGCACGUGGCUCCCCCAGGGGGUAUCAGGAGGCACCAGGAACCCCAGGGGGGAACCCGCGGUGCCCCACAGCGAGAGGACCCCCUGCUGGCUGCUGCCACUGUUUCUGUGGGGAACCUCCCCUUUGAUGCACGCGUGAGUGACCUGAAGAGAGCCCUCCGGGAACUCAGGCAGGCGCCCCUGCAGCUCACCUGGCAGGGCCCACGGCGCCCGGCCCUGCUCCGCUACCAAGACCCGGCCUCUGCCCAGCAGGCCAUCUCCUACCUGCAGGGCCUGCGCCUGGGUGCCAACACAUUGACAGUGGCACUGGCCAGGCAGCAGAGGGACAGAUGACCAAGGGGCAGCCAUGGGCAGCAGGUGGGCAUGACAGCCUGCCCAUGGCUGCUGGAGGCUGCAGUACAGGACA